AACCAAAAGGUGACUAUGAGAUUAUAGCAAAUCUGGAGAAUAAAGGAACUAACAGUAAAGCCUAUUGCAGAGUAAACUAUACUCUUCUUGUAUUUGAUGGAAAUAUAUCAUAUACAUCUAAAGAAAUCCUAACAAAACUUAUUCAAAAUAUACAAAAGAAAGAAUUAGUCAAGAAGCUUCAUGAUUGCUUAAAACUAAAAUUUGAAAUAGAAGAAGAAAAUACAUUAGAACUAUUGGCUAAUAUAAUUUAUAAUGUAGUUGAAAAAGUUAAAAAUAAUGAACAGGAGAAUGUACCAAAUAUUAUUUUAAAAAAGCUAAUCUGUGUACAAAGUAAAAAACCAAAAGAAGACUUUUAUGGAGUCAGCAUGAUAAUAAAUAUAUUGGAUAUGUUUGAUUUUGAUAAUAAAAAUGCAGAAAUUAAAGCUUUUAAAGAGAAAUAUUUUCAUGAUGUUCAAAAUCAUUUUGAUAAUUAA